UGACCCUAAAGUCUGUUUCUGUUUCGGGGCUUUUUUUUUCCCCUGAGGGGUGAUCAGUCCUCUUUCAAUCCUUCAUCUUCUUAUGAGUAGCCGCCGCGGGGGGUCCUCAAUCUGAAUCCCCGACUAGCAUUGGACCAACAGUCAGUCUAGCUCUCGCUCUUAUCCAAUUUUCUUAUCCUUUCAGGGCAAGGUCGGAGUAGUAGGCAAAUACAAUUUCUUUUGUUGCAUGCGGACCCGGUUGUGAGACUGAAGAAAUUUUCCCUAGCCCGAGCCGCUUCCCCUGUAGUUGUCAGCUCGUUCUUGACAAUCUGAACCUACUUGCUUACAGGAUCUUUAAGAAACUGUGGACUUUUGCUUUAUUGGUAGUUUGAUAAUAAUAACUAUUUAUAAAUAGUGACUCUUACAAUUGCUUUCCCCAGGAAACUCAAGGCCAGUUGAGAUCAUCUCCUUCUCUUUUCGGGUCGGGAGCAGAGCUUAAAAAGAGGGGGUUACCCCAUGAUGGGAUUGAGUUCAACGGAUAUGAAGGAUAGAAGAAAUAUGCUAUUUGCUGCUAUUCCAUCUAUUUGUGCAUCAAGUCCGAAGAAGAUCUCAAUCUAUAAUGAAGAAAUGAUAGUAGCUUGUUGUUUUAUAGGCUUUCUCAUAUUCAGUCGGAAGAGUUUAGGUAAGACUUUCAAAGAAACUCUCGACGGGAGAAUCGAGUCUAUUCGGGAAGAAUUGCAGCAAUUCUUCAAUCCUAACGAAGUAAUUCCGGGGGAAUCCAAUGAACAACAACGAUUACUUUUUUUCAGCUUACGAAUUUUCAGCACUGUAGUAGAAUCAUUACCAACGGCAUGCUGUGCGCCUAAGUGCAAAAAGACAGUGCAAGCUUUGUUAUGCCGAAACCUAAAUGUAAAGUCAGCAACACUUCUAAAUGCCACUUCUUCCCGUCGCAUCCGUCUUCAGGACGAUAUAGUUACAGGUUUUCACUUUUCAGUGAGUGAAAGAUUUGUAUCCGGGUCUACGUUCAAAGCUUCUACCGUAGAACAAAUUCUAGAGGCCUUCGUACCCAUAGACCUAAUUUGGGAAGGCUUGAUAGUCCUAAGAAAGGUGAAGGUGGGGGGAUAUAAAUGAAAAUGGGUAAUGUUUGAUGACCAGCAUACUUGUAUAGUAUAGUAGUAGGGCUUUGCUUCUGAAUGCCCUUACGAAUGGUCUAACGAGGGCAUAACGGGAAUUAAAAAGACCAAUAAAAAACUUCAACCUUUCGUUGGUAAAACCCACUCCACAAAAAACAAGUCCCCCUUUCUCUUUUGUUUGGGGAGCAGAGCUUAAAAAGAUAGGAAAUUCCAAUGAAUGCCAAUUGUGUCGUAAAUUUUAAAGAUUUCAUCGGGGCCUGUCGCUUACUCUUUGAUUUUACUCAUGGUAACGUGAACUUGUUGAAGUGGUUGUUCCCAACGGAGAAAACUGUCCCUCAAGCAGAUAUCGAUGCUUUUUUGGAACGAUUUGAGAGCGAGCAGGAGAGGCGUUUCAUGAACUUCCAGAACAACAUAGAGCUGUUAGAUGGGGCGGAAUGGAGUAACGGUGAUAUAGUUAUCUCUGGAGGCGGUGGACCAGUAAUUGGAAGCCCCUUGGAUCAAUUUUUCAUUGACCCAUUAUUUGGUCUGGAUAUAGGUAACUUUUAUUUCUCAUUCACAAAUGAAUCCUUGUCUAUGGGAAAAACUGUCGGUUUGGUGCUAUUUCAUAUUUAUGUAGUUACGAAAAAGGGCGGGGGAAAGUCAGUGCCAAAUGCAUGGCAACCCUUGGUAGAGCUUAUUUAUGAUUUCGUGCUGAACCUGGUAAACGAACAAAUAGGUGGAAAUGUUAAACAAAAGUUUUUCCCUCGCAUCCCGGUCACUUUUACUUUUUCGUUAUUUCGUAAUCCCCAGGGUAUGAUACCCUUUAGCUUCACAGUGACAAGUCAUUUUCUCAUUACCAAAGCAAAGCACAGACUCUACUCACCCAUGCGUUUUCCACCUACGGAGGGAGAAAUCAUCGAAAUAUCCCCAUCCCCUGAAAGGGAACCCAAAAAGGACGAGAGUGGAUAGGGUAACUAAAGAAGCACUAAAAG